GGGGCCGCCGCCGCCUCUAGGAGGGCGGGUAAGGGGCCGCGGGGGCCCCGGGCGCGGGGGGCCGGCGAGGGGAGGCCGGGGAUGAGGGGCGAGGACCGAGGAGCCCGCGGAGCGGCGGGGUGAAGACAAAGUGUGGUCCUGGACUGGCAUCACCGGCAUCAGCUGGGAACUUGUUAGAAAUGCACAUUCUCAGGCCCCACUCUAGACCUAAUGAAUCAGAAACUCUGCAGUGGGACUCAAGCAGUCUGUGUUUUAACAAGCCCUCCAGAUGAUUCUGAUGCACCUCAAAUUUGAAAAACACUGCUCUGGAGUCUAUACCAGGACCUAUUCUUCAAGAGCCACAUAAGUACUCAUCUGGGCGGCUUCCUGAGGCUCUUGGAAAGCCCCGCCAAAACUUUCAGCGAGUUCCGCCCACUCCACGUGGACCUCCCUUCCCUGGCCCAGCAACCUCUGCGAGGACCCCACCCCCAACACGUGACCAAUUGUUAUAUUUCCUUCUUGGGGUCCUUUUUCGCUGGCACCAACUAACGACUGAACAAAAGUGCCCCCUUCAGGGUGAAUGUGGAGCCGCAGCCUGGGGAGGAGAGGAAAGUUGACUGAGGACUGGAGUACAAUAGGGGAACGUGACUGCCUCUGCUUAAAAUGAUUUCAAAACCGUAACUCCCUGGUUAAUAACUUUAAGGAUAAUACAAUUAAAAGAGGAGGCAGCUUUUGCGGUAAGCGGCCUGAGGUGACCUCUAAAAAUGGUUCGCUAUUCACUUGACCCAGAAAACCCCACAAAAUCAUGCAAGUCAAGAGGUUCAAAUCUUGGUGUUCACUUUAAGAACACUCGUGAAACUGCCCAGGCCAUUAAGGGUAUGCAUAUCCGAAAAGCCACCAAGUAUCUGAAGGAUGUCACUUUAAAGAAGCAAUGUGUGCCAUUCCGUCCUUACAAUGGUGGAGUUGGUAGGUGUGCCCAGGCCAAACAGUGGGGCUGGACGCGGGGUCGGUGGCCCAAAAAGAGUGCUGAAUUUUUACUGCACAUGCUCAAAAAUGCAGAGAGUAAUGCUGAACUUAAGGGCUUAGAUGUAGAUUCCCUGGUCAUUGAGCAUAUCCAGGUGAACAAAGCCCCCAAGAUGCGGCGCAGGACUUACAGAGCUCAUGGUCGGAUCAACCCAUACAUGAGCUCUCCCUGCCACAUUGAGAUGAUCCUUACUGAAAAAGAACAGAUUGCUCCUAAACCAGAAGAGGAGGUUGCCCAGAAGAAAAAGAUAUCCCAGAAGAAGCUGAAGAAACAAAAACUUAUGGCCUGGGAAUAAAGCUGCAAAAAAUAAAU